AUGCAUCGUCUCCUAUGGACAGCUUUGACGGCAUUGGUGUUACAAGUUGCGCAUGCCGUCACCAUCCCAGAAUUGUCCUCCAGCGACUUUGAGUCAACUACAAGUCAAGGCGUCUGGUUUGUCGAGUUUUUCUCUCCGUAUUGUCCUCAUUGUCGUGCCUUUGCACCAACAUGGCAACAACUAGCCGACGAGCAUGAAGCAUUAGCAACCACAAGGGAUUUCCACUUUGCCAAGGUCGAUUGCACUUUAUCCGGUGACAUUUGCAAAGCUCAAGGCAUCCGUGCAUUCCCCACCCUUCAUUUGUAUGCCCAAGGCAACCUUAUUGAGAUGCUGCCACACAAGGAACGCACUUACGACAAAUUAAGCAUCUACAUUCCACAACAAGCCGACACGUAUGGCACAGGUGGGAGUGGUAUCCCUGGCAACGGCAUGGAAAAAGAAGAUGAAGAAGAAUCCAUCAGCACAAGUAUGACGAUUGCCAAUGCAGAUGGCAUUUCGGUGGAUUUGGAUAGAGCCGCUAUUGAUGCCGCCAAAGCAUCAGGUCGUCCUUGGUUUAUCAAAUUUUAUGCGCCGUGGUGUGGAUUUUGCAAAAAGCUGGCACCAGCAUGGGUGGAAAUGGCAAAGGAUUUGAAGCAUCAAGUGGAUGUCGGUGAAGUCAAUUGUGAUGAACAUCGAGAUAUUUGUGAUGAGAAUGGCGUUCAAGGAUAUCCCACUUUGAAGCUAUUUGCUAGUGGAUCCGUAAACGACUACCGUGAUGAUCGAUCCCUUGUUAGUUUGGUGAACUUUGCUCGCAAGUUUGCAGGGCCAUCGGUGAAACAUGUGAACGGGGCUCAAUUAGAGCGCUAUAUUCAAGACGAGACUGUAUCGCUGGUGUACUUGUAUGACAAAAAGGAGGAGGAUGCCACGGCACUAUUGGAACGUGUUGCCGAAGGUUUCCCAGAUGACCCAUCGUUUUAUGUUACCAACGAUCCACAAGCCAUUCGACAAUUUAGCUUGGCACCUGCUGAUUUACCCACCGUACUUAUUGUCAAGGAUGGCAAGCAUGUCAUGUAUCCAUCUCAUACGUUUGCCAAUACGGAUACAGUGCAGCGAGCAUUGACCAAAUGGAUUGGCGAUGAGCGUUUCCCACUCGUGAGCGAAGUUGGCCCUGGUAAUGCACCUGAGAUUUUACAAGGAGAACGCAUGGUGGUGUUGGGUGUUAUCAAGCAACAAGAUCAAGCAAGUCUUGACCAAUUCCGCAGCAUCGCCGAACGACAUGCCAAGCAACAAAAGGCUUCUUCUUCAUCAUCUUCCGAUAAUCGUGUCCUGUUUGCAACUUUGGAGGGCAACAUGUGGAGUGAUUAUGCACGAUCCGCUUAUCGUGUUCAUCCAAAUCGACUCCCAGCCAUUGUUAUUGUCGACCCUGUACACUACCGUUUUUACAACCAUGAUCGUCAAGGCCAACUGUUUUCGUUGACUGAGCCUGAUGCUAUCUUGCAAGCUGUGAAGGAGGAUAUUCCUGAACAAAAACUUGUGGGUGUAUCGACCUUACCAUUGCAUGAACGUAUGGGCCAAACAUUACAGCAUGGCGUUGGACUAUUGCGUGCCCAUUGGUUGCUUACAGGAGCGGCAUUAUCCGCUUUAUUAUACAUCUUUGCGAAACGAAUGCAUCUUGUUUCCCCACGUAGAUCUCAUUUGUUGCCCGUCAAACAACAAGGGCCUCGUGAUGAUUAA